AUGGAAAAGAUCAGAAAUAAAUUGGGUUUUCGUCAAAGUGUAGUGGUAGACAGUGUUGGGUCCUCUGGUGGUUUAUGUUUGUUAUGGACUGAGGAGGUUGAAGUGCGUGCUCUGUCCUUCAGUGCACACCAUAUUGAUACUGAGGUACAGAUAGUGGGGGGGCAAGACAAAUGGAGAUUGACAGGGUUCUAUGGUCAUCUAGUCACCUCCGAUAGAAAUAAAUCCUAG